AUGGAAAGUGAGAAAAGAUUCAGAAACAACUCGAGCUUAAAGGUUCAUCAGAGAGUCCCCAAAGGCGAGAAACCUUUUCAAUGCAAAGAAUGUGGGAAAAGAUUCAGGUACAACUCAAACUUACAGGUUCAUCAGAGAGUCCACACAAGUGAGAAACCUUUUCAAUGUGAAGAGUGUGGGAAAAGAUUCAAGAAUGACUCAAGUGUUCGUGCUCAUCAGAGAAUCCACACAGGAGAGAAACCUUAUCAAUGCAAAGAGUGUGGAAAAAGAUUCAGGAACAAUUCAAGCUUUCAUGCUCACUGGAAAGUCCACACAGGAGAGAAACCUUUUCAAUGCCAAGAGUGUGGGAAAAGAUUCUCAAAUAACUCAAACUUAAAGGUUCAUCAGAGAGUCCACACAGGUGAGAAACCUUUCCAAUGCAAAGAAUGUGGGAAAAGAUUCAAGAAUGACUCAAGUAUUCAGGCUCAUCAGAGAGUCCACACAGGAGAGAGACCUUAUCAAUGCAAAGAGUGUGGGGAAAGAUUCAGAUUCCAUUCUAGCUUUCACACCCAUCAGAAAAUCCACACAGGAGAGAAACUCUAUCAAUGCAAAGAGUGCAACAAAAAAUUCAGGAAUAACUCAAGUUUGCAGAUUCAUCAGAGAGUCCACACAGGAGAGAAACCCUAUCACUGCAAGGAGUGUGACAAAAGAUUCAGUACCACGUCAAACCUUCAUGUCCAUCAGAGGGUCCACACAGGAGAGAAACCCUAUCAGUGUGAUGCAUGUGGAAAAUGUUUUUCUCAGCUGUCACAUCUUCAUUCUCAUCAAAGACUCCACAUUGGAAAGAAAAACCAAUAA